AUGCCGCAUCGACUGUUGGAAUUGGUGCCUGAACCUAUGAGAGAGCAGCUUCUGGCUAUCAUGUCCAGCACUCAAUAUCUCUCAUUUAGUCUUGCUUUUGUAGCUUCCAUGGGCACAUUUCUCGGCGGUCUACUAGUGGUUUUGGGAGUGAAACUCACCAAUGCAGAUCCAACCUCUUCCUCCACCAAAAAGCUCAUGGGUGUGUUGCAGUCGUUCAGCGGGGGAGUGAUGCUUUACAUUACCUGUUUUGAUCUUAUUCCAGAAGGAAUCGAGGUUCUUGGUUCACAAGAAACCAUGUUGUGGAUGUUUGUGGGUGUGUUGAUAUUUGGGUUGUUGGAGGUGCUGUUGUUGGAUCAUGGCCAUGAUGAGCAUGAUGAGCAUUCAGAGCAUAUAGAAACAGAUGCUGUUUUUAGUGACGAGAAUCUUUCUGAUCAUGCUGCUUCACCACGAACAAAACGAAAGAAUGCUGCUUCCACUCCCACCAAAAAGCCUGUUUCAAGUACUCGCAAGCGGUCUGCUUCCAUCUCGAAAAAGGUUUCCGCUACCAGCAAGUCUACAAUCUCGAAAAAGGAGAAAAAGGAACUGAUGAGAGCUAGCUUUAUUACGUUUGUUGCAUUGGCAAUGCACAAUCUACCCGAAGGAUUGGGUGUAUACCUAUCUGCCAUGAGUGAUAUGCGUCUAGGUGUUCAAUUGGCCAUUGCGAUUAUGCUUCACAAUAUUCCUGAAGGCAUGGCAGUUGCCAUUCCACUAUAUGCGGCCACUGGAUCUACUACCAAAGUUCUUUGGUGGACUCUUGUGAAUGGACUUGCAGAACCACUUGGGGUGAUUAUUGGAGGAUCACUGUUGCAUGCCUAUCUUACCCCCUACCUUCUCAGUAGAUGUCUUGCUGCAGUGGGUGGUAUUAUGCUUUGUAUUUCCAUACACGAACUCCAGCCCACCGCCAUCAAGUAUUCAGGAAAGAUUGCCGCAAGUGCAUCCUUUUUUGUUGGUAUGUUUGUGUGUUUCUGCGCACUGGAGAGUGUUAAUGUGUGGUUUGGUGGUCAUAGUCACAGUCAUGGACCUGCUCAUGAUCAUGGACAUCACGGACAUCAUGAACACGCUCAUGGACAUCAUGGACACGCUCAUGGACACCAUUUUACUGGAAUGCCCGCAGGACACCCACCUCAUCAUUAA